AGAAGUGAAAACCAUUCUGUUGUUAGCUUCGCCCGAACGUGCCUCUAAAUAUGUGACCAAUGGGAGCGUAACCACAUUCCGGACACACUUUCCACCCCCAACCAUCAUUCCCUGCAUACCAUGGCGGACUACCAGCUUCCGGUGAACGUGGACACCUCGGCCGAGCCGAGACGGUUGCUGUUUCUGCUGCUCUUGUUGUUAUUGUAGCGCGCGCCAGCGUUAGCUUAGCGGCUAGCUCCGCUGCCUUCGCCUUCAGCGGAACCGAUGUUGAUGCAUCGCCGUCGGGCAAGUUGCAUAAACAACAGACCGCAGCGAUGUGUGUGUUACGCUUCUUAAGUAAUUAGCUAAUUGGGCUGUUUUUAUUGGCGAGGUUGUAGUGCACGAAAUGCUCACUUUAUCUGACAAGUGAAACUAGUUUGCAUGCUUCAGAAGAAGACUCCUCAACUAACAUGACAUCGCUCAGGUCCGCUAACACACCUGACGUUGCCUGCAGUCAUUGCUGACUGCUGCGUUGUGAGAUGGAGCCGCAGAAAGCAGCCGUGGAGAUGGCUCCUCUUCCUCUUCUUCUUCUUCUCCACAGCAGCAGCAGCACAUCUGUCUUGAGUUGUAAACGCCAGUGAAACCGGAGCCAUGUCUUGCAAAGCCGCGAUCAAGGACAAGAAGUCCAGCUUCAGCAAGAAGCUGUUCCGGCGCGGCUCCGUGCGCUCCGUGGGCAGCUUCAUGAGCAGGUUCCUCCGGACGCUGACGGCGUUGUCCCACUUCGGCUCUGAAGUGCAAGCGGAAGAUGAGAAAGACGAUGGAGGCUUUUCCACUUUUAAGCCCGGAAGCAAAGACGUGCCCAUGGACGAUGGGGACCUCGCGGGUUUCCUGUCGGGGGACCGGAUCCCCGGAGUGUCGGGUCUCAAGAACCACGGGAACACCUGCUUCAUGAACGCGGUGCUGCAGUGUCUCAGCAACACGGAGCUCUUCGCCGAGUACCUGGUCCUGGAGCACUACAAAGGCGAGGAGUUGGAGGAGGGCAGACCGAAGAUGAACGGCGUGCAUCUGCAGAAGAAGGGUCCUCUGUCCAAAGGAGAGGUCACAGAGCAGCUGUCGGGACUCAUGCGGGCUCUGUGGACCUUUGAGUAUACCCCGCAGCAUAGCAGGGAUUUUAAGAAUGCCGUGUCGAAAAAUGCCACCCAGUUUAAAGGGAACGCUCAGCACGACGCUCAGGAGUUUCUGCUGUGGCUGCUGGACAGAGUCCACGAGGACCUCAACACUGUCAACCCCAACAUCAGGCCUGCUAUAAAGCCCCCCAUUGAAGAGGACGAUCAAAGCUUAGAGGGGCCAUCUCCCCCCCUUUCUGCCGGGUCCUUUGUCCAAGAAUUAUUUCAGGCUCAGUACAGGUCUUCUCUCACUUGCCCACAUUGCCAAAAGCAAAGCAAUACGUUUGAUCCCUUCCUCUGCAUCUCCCUACCGAUCCCACUGCCACACACACGGCCCCUGUACGUGACGGUGGUUUACCAGGGGAAGUACUCUCACUGUAUGAGGAUUGGAGUUGCUGCUCCCCUCAACAGCACCGUCUAUCGCCUCAGAGAUGCCGUGUCACGUGAGACCAAGAUCCCAAUGGACCAGUUUGUGCUGACUGAAAUGUACUAUGACGGUUUCCAUCGCUCAUUUUGCGAUGAUGAUGAUGAUCUUGAGAUCAUUCAGGAGAGUGAUUCUAUAUUCGCCUUUGAGACCCCGGAGACCUUCAAACUGGAUAAUAUACGCACAAAAAGAGGAAGUCUUCUGGCAAACCUGAAUCAUAACAACUUAAAAUAUGGGACAGAAAUCAGCCGGACUUCAUCUUUCAUGCAAGGGGCCACGACACCUUUAACUGCAUCGCCCAAUAAGAACCUGGGACCAGAGAAGAUUAUCCUUCUGGUGUGUAACAGGGCCUGCUCCGGCCACCAAGGAAAGAGGUUCGGCCUGCCGUUUGUACUGUACAUGGAGCGCACUGUGACCUGGGAUGCUCUGCAGAAAGAGAUCCUGGAGAAAAUGCGUCACCUUCUGAGGCCGGGGGUCUACAUCCAGGUUGGACCUUUCAGUCUCAGGGUGGUUGGCGUCGUCGGCAUCACCUACCUCCUUCCCCAAGAUGAGCGGCCGCUGUGCCACCCGACCGUGGAAAGAGCGUUCAAGUCCUGUGGACAGGGGGGGGCCGCCCACGUGAAGAUCGUGGUCGAGUGGGACAAAGAGACCAAGGACUAUCUGUUUGGACACACGGAGGAGGAGUACAUCCCCGAUGCCGAGAGUGUGUAUCUGCACAGGGAGCAGCAUCACCAGCCGCAGGCCUGCACCCUCGCUCAGUGCUUCCAGCUCUACACGAAGGAGGAGCAGCUGGCCCCAGACGAUGCCUGGCGCUGUCCCCACUGCAAGCAGCUGCAGCAGGGCCGCAUCAAGCUCAGCCUGUGGACGCUGCCGGACGUGCUCAUACUGCAUCUCAAGAGGUUCAGACAGGAGGGGGACCGGAGGGUGAAGAUGCAGAACAUGGUGAGGUUCCCGCUGAUGGGCAUGGACAUGGCACCUCAUGUGGUUAAGAGAAGCCAGAGCAGCUGGAGUUUACCCUCCCAUUGGUCCCCUUGGAGACGGCCGUACGGCCUGGGAAGAAACCCCGACGACUACCUGUAUGACCUGUAUGCUGUGUGCAACCACCACGGGAACAUGCACGGCGGCCACUACACGGCCUACUGUAAGAACUCCAUCGAUGGUCAGUGGUACUGCUUUGAUGACAGCGAGGUUUCACCGGUGGCCGACGAUGACGUGUGCCAGCAGACGGCCUACAUCUUGUUCUACCAGCGGAGGACCGUUAUCCCCUCCUGGUCGGCCAACAGCUCGGUCGCUGGUUCGACCAGUUCCUCCCUGUGUGACCACUGGAUCAACAGGCUGCCCGGCAGCCGGCCUGCCAGCUUGGCCUCUGGAGCCUCAUCCAGACGCACCUCUCUGGCAUCACUGGCUGAGUCGGUGGAGUUUCCGGUGGAGCGUAGCGAAGAUGACGGAGGAUUCUCGGUCCGCCCCUUUGUGAGGAGCAUUCAGCCUCAGAGCUCGUCCUCCAGGUCGUCCAUCGCCAGCCCGUUAGCCUUCAGCGAUGGUGGGAUAAAGCCCUCUUGGUCUCUCUCCGCCAAGCUGCACAUGAGAUCCAACUCGCCCUCUCGCUUCUCCCUCGACUCUCGAGGUUCCCCUCCUCUGGAGCGGAUCGGAGAGGCCUGCGACGACAAAGUCUCCACGUCCUGUUUCGGCAGCUACAGUCGACACGAGCGCUACUUUGGCAGCAGGACUCCCCUGUCCAUGAUGGAGAGCAACUUCAGUGACCAGGACAACAACACCAGGUUCCUGGACAUGAUGUACUGCAGGGCUCCCACUCCAGUGGAGAAGAAGAGCACCAAAAACGAGCCAACUGAAAACAACAACCAGACGACGGCUAUCGACCAAAACAUUCUCCCCGUCCAAGCGACUCCCUCCAAAGAACAGAAACGCAAGAGCAGCCUCGGAGGAUUCACCCUGAAGGCAGAAAGCUCGGGCCCUUCGAAGAGUUCCAGUAAAGUGGAGCAAGAGAAAAGCUCAAAAAAACGCUUGUGCUCCACCCAUAAGACCUGCGCUGCCGAGACGUCUUCCAGUACGCCUGUGAAAGGCAAAAAGGCGAGCAAUACUAAAGAGAAGAGUGUAAAUGCCAAGAAAAGCACCUCUACGCCCUGUGGAACUCCCUCCAGAACCAAGGAGGCCCCUCAACCUGUAGUGGUGACGCCACAACGUAAGCCAUUCGUCCGCCCCACGCCUCAGUCCUCAGCUUCGCUAUCGCCGACCGCACAGAAGAACGCCGGCGUCCCCGAGAAAAGCUCGGCGAGUAGUCGGAAGAGGCUGGUGGAGAGGAGCUGCAGCCGAGAUUCUAUGCACACGAGCCCCCUGGUCGACGGCCUCCGAGGCAGCUCGGUGGCCCGCUCCUCCCCGUCUAAGAGCGGGGAGAGCGGGCGGCCCGAGAGGAGGUCCGUGAGGAGCUCCAGCAGCAGCUCCUCGGUCACCAGCCUGCGCUCGCCCAGCGUGUCCAACAGAGACCUGCAGCGCGGCAGCAAGUCUGAGGAAAAAGGGUUGUCCUUCUUCAAGAGCGCCCUCCGACAAAGGGAAAGCCGCCGGUCGGCUGACUUGGGGAAAAGCACCCUGCUCGGCAAAAAAGCCUCAGAGAGGACGUGCAAGCAGAACGGACAAGCCAAGGACGGCGGCGCCGACCCGGCAAAGACCGGAGAUGCCGCGUCGCCCUCGCCGACCUCCACGGAGUCGAAGCCCGGGACAAAAGAGUCUUCCAAGCCCGCCAGCUCUCUCAGUCGCACUCUAUUAAACGUCGGCAAGUCCAAGUCUUCCACUUCCGAAACAAAGCAAACGCGCCGAGAUUAGCGGGGAGAGAAAUCGUCACUCUUCCUGAUUUUGAUCAGAGCACAUCGGAACG